AUGAACAGAUGGAUACAUGCAUGCUCUCGCCAAAGGGAGUCAGGCGAAAAAUAGGUUUAAAAACCUGUCAGAUGUGCCGCAUUAUCAGUUUUCCAUUUUCUUUCUCUCAUAUCUGAUUACUCCAUAUUUAUUUAGUUUUAAAUAUCAAAAAAUGCAUAAGUUAAUGGUUUUAAUUUUUUUAUGCUGUCUUCUUCAGCUGUCUGCCAUCGGUUUACAAAAUGUUCCAAGAAUUGCUAUUAUUGGAGGAGGAAUUGGUGGAACAUCUUGUGCAUAUUUUUUGAAAGAAAUGUUUGGAGAAAAGUCCAAAAUAACUCUUUAUGAGAAAGAUACGAUAGGUGGAAGACUGAAAUUGCAGAAUGUUGCUGGAGAAUAUUAUGAAGCUGGUGGUUCUAUUAUACAUCACUCUAAUAAAUAUAUGGAAGACUUUUUAAAAGUACUGGAUCUGCCAAAAAAUCCUCCUGAUAAUAACAAAUUUGGGAUUUUUGAUGGCAGAAAAUUUGUUUUUCAAGAGAGUGACUGGAGAUUUUUGACAAUGCUUGAUUGUUUCUGGCGUUACGGAUAUUCCUUUUUUGACCUUUGGUUACAUACAAAAAUUGCUGUGAAUGAUUUUAAAAGGAUUUAUAAAUUACAAGAGGAGGAGUUUUCUUUUUCCACAGUAUCUGGCUUACUGGAUUUUAUGAAUCCAGGUUUUAGGAACUUGACCCAAGAAACACUUCUUUCUAGUCUGCAGAAGAAAGGCUUAUCAAAGCGUCUCAUGGAUGAAUUAGUGCAAUCUAUAACAAGGGUUAAUUAUGGGCAAUCAUAUAAUAUCAGUGCUUUUGCAGGUUAUAUUGCUCUUGCUGGAGCUGAUGCUAACUUAUGGAGUGUAAAAGGUGGAAAUAAAUUGAUACCUUCUGGACUUUUAGCAAAAUCCAAAGCAAAUUUAGUAAGUGGUGAUGUUAUAGAAGUCAUAUUGACUCCUGAUGGAUUUGAUGUGAAAUAUGUUGACUUAUCUAAUGGAUCUCUUAUAACAGUUGAAUAUGACAUUGUUAUACUUGCAGCUCCUUUAAUCAAAGGACAAAGGAAUGUAAAAUUUGUGAAUUUUCAUAAGAAAUUUGAUCAAUAUGAAAAGAUAUAUCAACCAAUUAUAGCAACAUUUGUGAAAGGAAUAUUAAAUCCAUCAGCCUUCAGUGUUCCUUCUGUUCCAGAUGAAAUACUGACUUUUAAAUCUAAUUUGAUUUUUAACAGCAUCGGGAAACUUAGUCCUACAAGUGAGGAUGGCAAAAGUGUGUACAAGAUUUUCAGCAGUGAACCUUUGACUGAGAAAAAUCUCAAAGUUCUUUUUGAGGAAAUUGAAACAUAUAAAGUUGUGGAAUGGCUUGCAUAUCCACAUUAUGAUCCCCCUGAGAAUUUGCCACCAUUUUAUUUUUACCCAAAUCUGUAUUAUAUAAAUGCUAUUGAAGUAGCAGCAAGUGCUAUGGAGAUGAGUGCUGUGGCUUCAAAAAAUGUUGCUUUACUGGCUUUCCAUUUUUGGUAUAGUAAUAUGGAAAAAAUUGAUCAGCGUGAAAGGUUAUCCAAAACUGAGCUGUAGUCAUUUUUUUUCCCUGCAUAACCUCCUGUAAAAUAUACCCAUUGUUGAGCUUUCUAUUUUUUCAUUUUAUUUUCAGAGAUAUUAAUUUUAUUCUUUGAAUAUCUGAUUUUAUUUACUUUGAAUUGUAUAUUAAAAUUCAAAUGGUAGCUGUGUUAAUAAUCUUUAUAUUUUUCUGUUAACAGAAGCCCAAUUGUUGCCAAACUAAAAUGUUGGCAUUAUUUUGUUUUUGCAUCAAUAUCUCUAAAAUUUGGCAAUAUUUUGGGGAGAGGGGGCAGUUGACAGAAAAAUACUGUAAUUUUGUAUACUCUAGUAUUUAUAAAAUGUUUUGUAAAAUUUAUAGGAUGAGUGUAUAACAAUUGAUAUUUUCACUUAUCUUUACAUAUAUACAAAUUUCAGGCACAGCAUCUCCAAAAAAUGCCAACAUAGUGAAUUAAUACCUUAUUUUACUUCUAAUAACCUGAUGUGAAUUCUUAUUCAUCUUUAUGCAUUGUUUUUAGUUUUAUUUUAUAUUUUUAUUAAGGUAUUCAGAAAGCUAUAUUAAAUGAUUAUUUAUAAGUUUUCAUUGUAAAGAUUUGUUUCUUAGUGUUUUCCUAGUCUUUUGUUUUACCCUCGCAAUUUAGGAUGAAAUAUUUUCCUAAAAUUAUUGUCUUAGAAUUUCAACUUGGUUGUGAAAUAGUGUAAAUAAUAUUUGGUCUUAUUUGUAACAUUAAAAUAUAAAUUAUUGUGUUUUGUUUGUUUCUUAUAAAAUGUGACUUUUUAUGAUUAUAUAUAUAUACAAAGAUUAAUUUUAUUUGUUUUUUGUUUGUUUUAUUUUAAUGUACAUGUCUGUGAUAAUACCUUAGUCAAUUUUAAACACAAAAACAUAUUUAAAUGUGUUAACUGCCAUGUAUUUUUUGAAAAAUAUGAUUGUGUUAUAUUUUAUCAUUUGUUAAUCUUACUCAUUGAACUCUUAUGAAUAUAUCAAGUGCAUCUCUAAAAAUCUGUUUAUUUCCUAGUUAAUGCUUAUAGAUAGUCAAUUCACUGGUGAUUGUAUUGAAUAAAACAAUUAUGUGAUAAAAGUAACAUAUCCAAAGGUCUCCUCUUCCCCAAAAAAAAUGUUGCACUUGAUAAAUAUCCAUUUGAAUUGAUAAAAAAAAAAAUUGUAUUGUUAUUCUUGUUUCGCUUUACUUUACACUUUCGUAUUUGGGUAUUUUAGAAAAAUUAAUUUAAAAAAACACUUUAAAAAAACUCAAGACCUUUUGAGUUCAUUUUAACAAGAAUCAUCAUUUGCAAUUAUUUACUUGAUGCAUUCGUGUUCCCUUUAUAAAUUUCAGUAUGAAUAAAAUUUUUGUUGUUGAUGAAAAAAGAUGUGAAUAUUUUAUCAAUUAAUUUAUUUUUUAAUAAUUUUCUUUAAAGAAAUUCAAAACAUAUGUCUUCAUAUACAUAAAUAUCUUCUGUAUAUUAUGUAUUAAACAUUCAAUACAUAAAUAUCUUCUGUAUAUUAUGUAUUAAACAUUCAAUACAUAAAUAUCUUCUGUAUAUUAUGUUUAUAUUAAAUUAUUAUACUCUCGUUUAAAAAGAAAGUGAUUUGGAAAAAGUCUUUACAUGUAUAUAUUCGGCAUCAAAUUGAUGAUUGUAUCUAUCAGCAAUGUUAUGAUUGAAUGUAAUAAAUAAUACAUAUUUA